UUUUUCUUCCCAUUUCCGCAUCACCUAACCGCCAUCCCGAGCAGUAUACUACAGUCACCAGUCGAAGAGGGCCUCUUGCAUUAUCUCAACUCGCUACCUUCCUUUUUUUCUUUUCUUUUCCUUUCCUAUUAGCACAAUGGGUAACGGGGCCAAGGCUGCGCAGAAGCGCGAGCGCAAUGCGAAGGACACCAAGGUUGCCAAGUCGCAACUCAAGUCGAAUAUUAAGGCUAUGGAUAUCCAGUGCCAGAUCUGCAAGUCGACCUUCCUGAAGACCACCCGCGCACCUCAGCUCACCGAGCACGCCGUUAACAAGCACAACAAGUCUAUGGCCGACUGCUUCCCCGGCCACGAUGCUCCUCCUGCCAAAUAAACAAAACGACGAAUUCGUAUCCGUACGGGACGAUCGAAUAGAUGAAGAAUGGACAUAGCGAUUGGCGCACUUGGUGUUUAGCAGAGGUCUUAUUUGGGUGGGUUGCAAUGA